AUGGCAAGCAGUCCAGAGCCAAUAAUAGCUAUCACUGAAAGAAUUAUUAUUAAUAGUGAGUGUAAAACAAUUAAAGAAACAUUGGUGGAUAAUCAUCCUGUGAAGGAUGUUAUACCUGAUACUGACAGCCCACAAAGCUACGCUGGCAAUUUGCCAUCAACAGUCGUCUCAGCAGCAUCAGCUACGGCACCAACAGGAACAGCAACGAAUAAUCCGGUGGUAUUAGCCGUGUCGACUACAACGGCAUCUAGCGGGUCUGGGAGCGGAAAUGCAAUUUCAGCAUCUGUUGCUGCAGCAAUAUCUAAAACACCUUGCUUCAGUGAACUAGAGGAAUUACAGAACAUUCUACACUUCCCUGAAGAGGUUGCACUCAGGAUCACUGACACUGAAUAUCAAUUAUUUUAUCAGGUAUCUUCAGAUGAUUUCAUUGAUGAAUCGAUCAAUGACCUGCAGCAAGAGUUCUCUUCAAAUUACUCUACUGAGAAUACUCUUAUCCUUACUGCCUCCGAUACAACGAGUACUAGUUGUAGCCGUAAUAGUAUUGUUUGUGGCACAAGGGAGCAGAUAGGAACAACUGGAAUUGCAGCCGCCUCUACCGCAGUAACCACAAACGACAGUUCUAGCUCACAACAAAUUCACAACAAAUCCAAUGUGUUUUCAUCAAAGUUGAACCUUAUUCGUAAACGGUUUUAUGAGACGAGCGCGUGGACCAAUUAUUUUGUCGUGUCACAAAGCACACAUGACGAACGUAAAGCGGCCUUUGCAUGUCUAUUGCGUGUUGCUAUUUCAUGCUGGAAUAUUGGGAACUUUAAUGGUGCUAAAGAAAUAGUGGAUGGUUUGAAAUCGAUCAAGAAAGAAUUAUGUCUGGCAUCGACUACAGAACGCGGGCGAAAUACAGUUUUUGAAUUUCUCUCCACUGUUUUUGAAUCCAACGAGUAUAACAAUGCGCUUAUGAGAGCAUUGGCAAUUUCAACAUGUCGACCCAUACCCUAUUUCAAAAAUCAUAUUGACGAAAUCAAAUACUUACUCAGAACUACUACACAACCAAAGUCGCAGGAUCUGAACCGAGUGGAAAAGUACUAUUUGGGGGACAUAAAGGAAACGCCAUCGAAUGAUGACAGAGAGUUCAUACAAAAACUGAUGCAGGUCACAAUACCAUUAAACUACCCCGUGCCAUUAACCACAUCGACUACACCAGUACCUUCAGAUGAGUCAACAGAACCACUGUUGAUGCCGGAUUCGCUGGACGAACCGGAGUUUGAUCCGCUGGCAGAGAAAAUAUAUAAUAGAGUUCUACCUGCAUUGCAAACAAUUAAUGCAUUUCUGGGCCACCAUAAAAAACUGUGUCGCGAAUCACCCCACAGCUUAUUGGACUUUCUCAGAUCAGCAGCCAACAGCCCACGACAAACUAAGAUCCCUCUUUAUCAACCAUCGAACGUACAAGAACUAGAAGAGGACUAUGAAGUUGAAAUAGGAAGCUAUAACCCAGUGCAAUCUCUAUUUUUCGACCAUGGUGUCAGCAUAGUACCUCUUUCAGUGCGCAAAACGAACGCUGUCGAUCAUCAUAUAUUACAGAUUCUUCAUCAUGGCACAACCGCCGUUCUUUGGGAGCCGGAGAUCCCGGCGGAUCGUUCCGCCUAUGUAUUUUUGCGUCUGGAACGAUCAUGUUCCAAUAUCUCCUGGCAACGAACUGCUUGGCGUAGAAUCAAAUCACAACAAGAAUUUGGCUUUAAUCAUAAUCCAGAGGAAAGCGUUGCGUGGCGAUUUACGUCGAGAUACGCUUCUAAUACAGGAGACUUGGAAAUGCAGUGUCAAAACUUGGAAGAAGGAACACUAGACCUUGGAACAAUCAAAGAUAUCUCAAUGGGCUCUCGAAAUCACGAAUACGAUUCGGAAAUAUUGGCCGCCGGCAGGCGAUUUGGAUUGACUCAUGUAGAAUGUUGUGUGUCCCUGUUAUACGGAAGCUCAGCUAGUGAAAAUCGAAUAUUGUGUAUCUUAUGUCCUCCAAUGCUAUGUCGAACAUGGUAUGUUGGGCUACAUUGGAUGCUGCGAGGACUUCGACGUCAACAGAGUUUGAUUGACCGAUCUAUGCUUUGGCUAAAAGAACUUUAUAUUCAGCUAUAUUUUGAAGAGGGCUCAUGUAGCGAACCCACAGUGGGUGAUGCAAUCAAAGCAUUUGGUGGUCAACUAUAUCUGUCUUCCAUCAGGUCCAUAUCUGGUACACAUAUCAACGAUUCAGCUCCAGAAUUAGCAGUUUCCUCGUUUACGGUAUUGUCAAGCAAAAAAGAUUCUACCAUAAAAAUGAAGAAAAAGCGAUCAGUAGCAAAUUUACUUAACCAAAAUAACGUUAACAGCCACAGUAGUCCUAUAAUAGACCAUAAUAUAAACGAAACAGAAAAAAAUAGAGGGACGGAGCGGCGAAAAGAACGGAAUGGUUCACAUGAUCAGCUCUGGCAGAAUAUGAAAAAUCUACGAAUAGGAUCUGUGACUCAUGAAACUCAACUAGACUUUUUGAGUUUCGUCUCUCUAUACAGAUCUUUUAGCGUAUUAACGAGGCCUGAUCUACGUGAUAUCUUCAACCAGUUGGCGGUGGUAUCAGUGUGCCGAACAACGCUCAAUGGCGAGAAAAGUAGAAGUGCUCCAGAGCUAUCAGAUGUUGCGGUGAAGCGCAAAAUAGGAUUACUCACUCGUAACUGUUCAUUGGAUUUGGACUUAUCGGACACCAAACAUACGCGGAAGAAACACUUUGACGCUAUAGCUGCCUCAAGCAUCGCUGCUAGCAAUGAUUUCCUGUCGUGCAACAAUAAAGUGAUUACAAUGGCAACGCUAAAAAAGUUUCUUGAAACUAGGCAGAUGGAACUGUUAAGCGACGAGGAUGUGAAAACCAUUAUACAACGUCACGAGCCGGAAGCAGCACAUCGCAUAGAAAAUUGCAUGAGCUUCGAAGGGUUUGCUCGAUACAUGAUAGACAAGGAUAAUUAUGCAUUCCUCAGUGAGCUUAUGCCGGAAAGUUCAUAUAUGAAUUUGCCUCUAUCGCAAUAUUACAUAGCGUCGUCACACAACACAUACUUAACUGGCCAUCAACUAAAAGGCGAAAGCUCUGUGGAAUUGUACAGCCAAGUACUACUAACAGGUGCUCGAUGUGUAGAACUGGAUUGUUGGGAUGGAGAGGACGGAACACCUGUAAUUUACCAUGGCCAUACAUUUACCACCAAAAUUCCUUUUCGUGCAGUUGUUGAAGCAAUUAACAAAUCGGCGUUUAUACAGUCUGCCUAUCCAGUAAUUUUAUCAAUCGAAAAUCACUGCUCAGUUGCUCAGCAACAAAGAAUGGCCACCAUUUUCCAGUCUAUAUUUGGGGAAAAAUUGGUAACUAACUUCAUGUUCGACCAAGAUUAUACGGACGACCCUCUUCUACCAUCUCCACUUUCGCUAAAAUACAAGAUACUUAUCAAAAACAAAAAGCUAAUUGUUGAGGUGCCUGCAACAUUAUCGACUGGUCUAACACGGCAAAAUACCUACAAACAGUCAAAUUUACCGAGCAGGGCGAGUUCUAUUAUAUCGAACACUAGUGGCAGUUCGUUGAAUGAAGAGUUUAGUGAUGAUGAGUACGAAGAUGAUGACGAUUUUGACAAUAUUGACGAUAAAACAUAUCAUGCAAAUUGGGGAACAAUAGAGGAUAAGUCUAGGCAUAGUGUUUCGCACGCCAACAUCCCAACACCUACGAAGCAGCGACUUGAACAACAACAUAUCCAGCUGCAGCAACAGUUUUUUCAACAGCAACAUCAUCAAGACGAUCGGUCUCGUAAGCGUAGUAAUCAGAUAGCUCGGGAGCUGUCUGAUCUAGUGAUUUAUAUCCAAGCAAUAAAAUAUCGCGGCCUCAAUCCGUAUAGCCCACAUAAUUCUAUUCGUGCCAAUCAAAAACAACAGCUUAAAACUAGCGGAAGUGUAGUUACCGUUGGAAGCAUAUUAAAAAACAGUUCAGGCGAUACAUUAAGCCUCCCAUCUUCAGGUCACCUAUCGGACAGUCUUUCUUUGAACUAUGACUCUGCAAGCAUCAGUGGUAGUGAAAGUCAUUUACCACCUUCAACGAGAACUCGUAGCAUGCCAAAUGCUAAUCACCCCUGCUACCAAUGCUCUUCACUUAACGAAGCUAGUGCUAAGAAACUCUGUCGAAAGGAUCCUCUGGCACUGAUAGCACACACAGAAACACAACUGAUACGGACCUAUCCAGCUGGACUGCGAAUUGACUCUUCUAAUUUCAAUCCAGUUUUCUUCUGGUCCUUCGGUUUUCAAAUGGUCGCUCUUAAUUACCAAACAGAAGACAUGCCUAUGCAUAUCAAUAAGGCAAUGUUUGAAGAAAACAAUAGCUGCGGUUAUGUAAGAAAACCUGAUGUUCUUUGGAAUAGGUCUCACUUGAUGUACAGAAGAUUUAAUCCUUUGGAAAAGGAGUUUGAUGGAUUACAUGUGACGCAAUUAGUGAUAAACAUAGUGUCAGGUCAAUAUCUGAACCAUGUUACAGGUGGUACAAAUAUUCACGUAGAGAUCGAGUUAUUAGGAAUACCGAUCGACUAUGGAAGACGAAGGACAAAACCCGUUAGACACAAUCUCUUCAAUCCAGUGUGGAACGAAACUUUCUUUUUCAAAAUAAUGUUUCAUGAUUUAGCUUUUCUCAAAUUCACUAUCUACGAAUCGGAGACAGUUGUUGUUGCACAACGUGUAAUAUCACUCAAGUGUUUUCGUCCUGGCUACCGACAUGUACGCCUUCGGUCUCCAACGAAUCAACCGUUAAAUAUGGCAUCGCUGUUCGUAUAUACUAGGGUAGAAGAAGAAGGUUUGGAUAGAUCCUACGGUGAAAUAGACGAACAAUAUCUACAACAGUCUCGAUUGGCUAAUAGAAAGGAUGCGUCCGACGACACGGAGCCUUUGAUGGAAAAUAAAGUUCCGCUAUUGAAGCGGAAAACAUUUUUCUGUACCGUGUACGAUGCCGUACCUAAUAAUCCGUUUACUAUUCUAAAAAUUACACAAGAGUGUACAACGAAAGACGUACUCAUGAUGGUAUUGCAGAAGAUGAACAAACCAAGAACAGAUAUUUCAAAUUAUAUUUUAAUAGAAGAGGUAUACACAGGAUGGGAAAAGAAAGACAAAAGACAUCCGCCAACCCAACGGGUGCUCGAUAUGACGGAGAAACCAUUACAAUCUCAAGCUAGCUGGAAAGGAGAUGGUCGGUUCAUACUAAAACGAAUCGGAAAUGACCCCAGCAGUCGAGCGUGGGUUACUUCCAUUCGAAGAACUACAGACGCUAGAAGAGCCUCAAUUGCAACGACACCAUGCGGUGAAGCAACAUCUGGGCAAGAAUCUGGAACUACAACCGACGAUCCACUUGCUCUAGAAAACGUUGAUAAUUUUCUCGUAUGCGUUUUUAACGUAUCGCACGAUAUACCAUACGCAAUAUUGCGUGUACCGAUGAAAUCAACGGCACAAGACGUACUUGCUCAGGCAUUACUGAAAGCACGCCGCUUAGACAACCCCAAUAACUUCGUACUAGUAGAAGAAUUAAACUACAGCAACAAAAGCAAUGAUACAAUGCAGCGAAUUUUGUUGGAUGACGAAAACGUCUACAUGACCCAGGCAAACUGGAAGUCGAUCGGACGGUUUGUUAUCCACGAGCGAAGUCAACUAACGCCUUCAACCAUCCGGAAAACAAUUCUACCAAUAGAGAAGAUCAGUCGUGGCUUUAGCAUUAGUCGUGGUUCAUCCUCUUCCUCCACUUCUGUUCACUCGUUGGCGUCAAAAUCGCCUAUUCAAGUGGCACUGAGUGAUCCAACUACAUCGAGAAUCAAGGGUCGGUCUUCGGAUGCGGCAUCUCAUGGCAUUAAAACGAGACACUCACACUCGGGUUCGGGUUCCGCUGGUUCUUGUUCUAGCUCAGGUGGAAGACAUAAAUACAACUCUGAGAAAGAUACUUCGUUUUCCAGCACAAGCAGCAGCAGUAAUGCAACAUCAAAAUCAGGUAACCGUCGGGAAGUGCAUUCUGAAGGGGAAACUCUAAGCGACGAGGAAGCCAAAGAAACCGAUAUUCUCUCGACUAUGUCGCGCUUCAAGCGCAUGUCAAUAAAAAAAUUAAAAUCGUGGAAAUCGUAA